UGGCUGACCUCACUUCCCUUACGCAACAUGGACGUUUUCAGUCACUUCCUGUGAUUUUGAGGUUAUUCUGAUCCAGGACUACUUGCAUGACCAAAGCCAAGAUGGCAGGUACGUCCUUUUAGAAUUUAAGGUUAGUGAAGCCAUCUAUUUCCCCGACCCCCUUCAGUGAAAAUGGUCUUUCGCAUCUGGCUCUUCUUUUUGGAGGCGUGCUUGCCAGUAGUCAAAAUGGCUCCCUUCCGGAAUAGAUUUAAUAGGAAGUGAAGCUGUGACGGCGAGGCGUUGCCCGGCCCCUCUUUGCUAGGCGUUCUCAGAAUUAGUUCUUUCUGCCCACACUAGACAUGGCGCUUGCCAGCGUGUUGGAGAGACCGCUACCGGUGAACCAGCGCGGGUUUUUCGGACUUGGGGGUCGUGCAGAUCUGCUGGAUCUAGGUCCAGGGAGUCUCAGUGAUGGUCUGAGCCUGGCCGCGCCCGGCUGGGGUGUCCCAGAAGAGCCAGGAAUCGAAAUGCUUCAUGGAACAACCACCCUGGCCUUCAAGUUCCGCCAUGGAGUCAUAGUUGCAGCUGACUCCAGGGCUACAGCGGGUGCUUACAUUGCCUCCCAGACGGUGAAGAAGGUGAUAGAGAUCAACCCAUACCUGCUAGGCACCAUGGCUGGGGGCGCAGCGGAUUGCAGCUUCUGGGAACGGCUGUUGGCUCGGCAAUGUCGAAUCUAUGAGCUUCGAAAUAAGGAACGCAUCUCUGUAGCAGCUGCCUCCAAACUGCUUGCCAACAUGGUGUAUCAGUACAAAGGCAUGGGGCUGUCCAUGGGCACCAUGAUCUGUGGCUGGGAUAAGAGAGGCCCAGGCCUCUACUACGUGGACAGUGAAGGGAACCGGAUUUCAGGGGCCACCUUCUCUGUAGGUUCUGGCUCUGUGUAUGCGUAUGGGGUCAUGGAUCGGGGCUAUUCCUAUGACCUGGAAGUGGAGCAGGCCUAUGAUCUGGCCCGUCGAGCCAUCUACCAAGCCACCUACAGAGAUGCCUACUCAGGAGGUGCAGUCAACCUCUACCACGUGCGGGAGGAUGGCUGGAUCCGAGUCUCCAGUGACAAUGUAGCUGAUCUACAUGAGAAGUAUAGUGGCUCUGCCCCCUGAAAGAGGGUGGAUGCAGCUGCUUAUGUUUCUUGGGGUGACUGUCAUUGGUAAUACGGACACAGUGACCCAUCCUCCAUCCUAUUUAUAGUGGAAGGGCCUUCAAUUGUAUCAGUACUUUUUUUUAAGCUCUGGCACAUUGACCUCUAUGUGUUACCAGUCGUUAAUGAGCUGCUGCAGAGGUGACUAUUUGUUUUACUUUCUUGGAUGUUAACAUUACACUACUCACUACUCAA